AUGCUUAUAGCGACCUCACUAACCCACGCCCGGCCUCUAACGACUGCUGCCGCAUCAACUUCCUUCUAUUCUUCGCGGCUGGUUCCGCAGCCACCGGACCUGAUAAAAUGGGUUCGGAGAGAAGCCGGGUUCGUUCACCAGUCCAUCAAGAUAGCCCAGUUGGAGGAGGGAUCCAGUGGGUUCGGGCUCGGGCUUGUAGCGGCUGAGAAAAUACCAAAAGGGUCCGACCUCAUUUCGCUUCCGCGUCAUAUUCCACUCAAAUUUGAAGCAGCAGAUGCCGAAGAUGGAGCUCACUCUGCUUUGGUUAAUCUAGCUCGAAAUGUUCCUGAGGAGCUGUGGGCUAUGAAACUGGGUCUAAAGCUUCUGCAAGAAAGAGCAAAAGCUGGUUCCUUCUGGUGGCCAUAUAUCAGCAACCUUCCUGAAACUUAUAGUGUACCCAUUUUCUUCCCUGGUGAGGAUAUCAAGAACUUGCAGUAUGCUCCUCUUCUUUAUCAGGUAAAUAAGAGAUGUCGGUUUCUUCUUGAUUUUGAGAAAUUAGUGAAAUAUGAACUUGAAGGCCUAAAAGCAAAUGACCAUCCAUUUGGAGGCCAAGAUGUAGAUUCCUCUUCACUUGGGUGGGCAAUGUCAGCGGUUUCUUCUCGAGCGUUCCGUUUGUAUGGCAGUAAACAUCCAAAUGGGACCCAUAUUGAUGCUCCGAUGAUGCUUCCACUGAUUGAUAUGUGCAAUCACAGUUUCAACCCAAAUGCUGAAAUUGUACAAGAACAAGAGCCAAACAAUGAGAAGAUGCUUGUGAAGGUUAUUGCUCGAACGCAGAUUAUGCAAGAUGAUCCAUUAGUACUUAAUUAUGGCUUUUUAAAUAAUGAUUUUUUCCUUCUGGAUUAUGGAUUUGUUAUGAACCCAAAUCCUUAUGACUGUGUUGAACUCAAAUAUGAUCCGGCUCUCCUGGAUGCUGCAAGCAUGGCAGCUGGAAUCUCAUCCCCCAACUUCUCGUCACCAUCUUCAUGGCAGCAAGAGAUUUUGUUCCAGCUUAAUCUACGUGGAGAAAAUUCUGAUCUCAAGGUGAGUUUAGGAGGCUCUGAGUUGGUAGAGGGCCGUUUGUUGGCUGCCUUGAGAGUUCUUCUGUCCACUGAUAAAGCAGCAGUCGAAAGCAACGAUUUGAAUACACUCAAAUCAUUAUCAGCUGAAGCUCCUCUUGGAAUAUCGAACGAGGUAGCUGCUCUUCGCACCAUCAUUGCCGUCUGUGUGAUUGCUCUAGGACACUUCCCCACCAAAAUCAUGGAAGAUGAGUCCCUAUUAAAACAGGGAGUUGCCGCUACAACUGAGUUGGCAAUCCAAUUUAGAAUCCAGAAGAAGUCUGUCAUUGUAGAUGCGAUGCGGGAUCUUACAAGGAGAGUGAAGGAACUCAUGUCAAAGGAAUCGGUAACUGCUCAAUAG